CCCACCGCACGCGGCCCAGAGCCCACUAACUCCGUCUCGAUCUCCUCGUCCCUGUAUCCCCGGCUCCCCGCGCCGCCCUCGCCGGAGAGGAGCCCCUCCGCCAUCCGCGGCAAUGGCGUUCUCCUUCUCCUCGCCGGCGCAGCAGAAUCCUUUCCAGACGCCAACGCAGCAGAAUCCGUUUCAAACCCCAGCGCCGCAGAACCCGUUUCAGACUCCGGCGCCGGCGCAGACUCAGGCGCCGGCGCAGUCGCCUUCGCCGUUCCAGUUUAACUUCCAGCAACCCCAGCAGCAGCAGCAGCAGCAACAACAACAGCAGCAGCAGCAGCAACUGGCCGCGCCGACGGCGCAGCCUCAGCAGCAGCAGCAGCCGCAGCUGAUGCUGUAUACAAAGGAGGGGAAGCCCGCAGGGUACAACACAAAGUGGGAUGAGCUCCACGCCGACUCGCAGAAGGCGCUGCUUCAGAUCGAGGAUAAAAUAAGGGAGUACAAGGACGAGAGUGAAAGGUUGGAUCAGUGCAGUCGCCUUCAUGACUCCUCAAUCUCGAAUGUCAAUUUUGAGCUCGAUGCAAGUCACAUUGCUCAGGAACUCGCAGGGACUGCAACUGUAAUUGAGAGAGAGAAGGCAUCUGUUCAGGAGUUGAUGACUGUUGUCAAUGAAAUGAUGUGGAACACAGAAUUUGCUAUUCGCUCAUAUAUGAUGUUGAGACCAAGGUUCCUCAAAUCAGCCACAGGUUCUUCAAAUCCUUCUGGACCUGCUGGAGCUCUGCCCAAUCAGCCUGGACCAACCAAUGAUUUCUAUAGUGGUGUCCCAAAGAGGCCUUCCCUUUUUAUGCUGCAAACUGUCAACAAGUUUGAGAAGUAUCUUGACGAAUGCUGCAAGUGGAUUACUGAACUAGAGCAGCUGGUUCAAAUCGAGAGCAAUAAAAGAUCAUCAUCUUCUGUGGAAUCUCUACCAAAAGUUAUGUCGAAUGUGCAUGACUAUUUCAUCUAUGUCGCUUCAAAGGUGGAAAAUCUUCAUCAGUAUGUUGUGUCGAUGAAAACUGAAUAUCUACACGGUCAGCGCCGUCUGGGCAAUGCAAAUGAUCCAUUUCUAGAGGCAAAUAGAAGAGAAGCAGCCAAAGAAGAAGCAGCUGCCAAAAGGGUUCAUCCGACAUUGCAUUUGCCUGCUCCUGUACAGCCCACAACACAAAUUGCUGCACCAGCAACAAGCCAACCACAGCAAUCUUUGCUCCCUUCUGGAGGAACUUCCUCGAGUGCCUUCACAGCUUUUAGCAUGCUGGCGGCCUCUGCUCCAUCCACUUCAAGUCUCUUUUCAACACCAACAACUUCAAGUCUCACAACUAACCUUUUCGGUACAACUGGAUCAGCCUCGCUGUCGACACCAUUUGGGACAUCCUCCACUCCUACUCUUGGAUCAACACCAACUCCGUCUGGAUUUGGGGGUAUCACCCCAUCUUUUCCUUCAACGCCUGCUUUAACUGGAACUUCACUAUUCUCUACGCCAUUUGGAGGUGGGGCUACAGCUUCAGGGUCCAGCUUUGGUGGCACAUCUAAAGGGAGGUCAAAGGCCCGAGGCCGGCGCUAGAGGUGACUUGAUCUUGAUCGGCCGUGAAAUGCGGGUGGGCGCCUCUUGUAUCUCCUGUCUAGUGAGAAAAGAAAAACUUGUAAUUAAUUUUCCAGGCAAUUGUACUAGUGGAGCUUGAGUGACUAUCUAUGUAGUCAAUUGCUUGGCACCAGAUUCAUUUUGUCUAACGCUUGUUGCUAGCAUCGUUCUGGCUGUGGACCUCCUUCAGUGUUAACAAGAACUAAGCAUUCCUAUUUUUAGAGGCAAGAGUUGUAAACUUGUAAUAGCACAGCUAGUUUGUGAUUGUUCUCAAGUAAUUUCAAGCCGAUGCUGGCUGCAGAACCUUGGUCUCGAA